AUGCACGAGCUGUCCCUCUUUGCUCAAGUGCCGCCCAGCGGCCAUGAUCAACUGUUGAAGGUUUUGGCCGGGGUAUCUGGCAUGCAACCUCAAGCUGUUCUUGAACGUCACCUCGUCUUCAAGCCAAUCCGUCCACCAGGAAAGCGAACAGUCCAAGUUGGGGGCUCGCAAGGUGUUCAGAAUGCCCACGUACAAGCCAUACAGGGACAGCUCGGAGGCGAACUUUAUUACAUGCAAUUGGUCAAAAGCGUUGGUGAGACAUCUCAUAUGCUCAACAUCAACCACAAACUGGGUCUGAUGGUUGGAGAGGAGAGCGCCACAGAAGCUCAUCGCCAACUCGAUGGCCCGCCAGCCUCCAAUGGGGCCAACGGGGACCUGAGACUCUCCAAGGAUAAAGAGUCGCAAGAAUAUUCAAGUGCAAACGAUCGUCUGUGGCGCCUCGUCUUCAGCGACCUCCCAGAAGUUGGCGGGCGUCGACCAGUCACUUCUCGAAUGGUGUCAAAUGUAGAUAUCAUGGAUGGAGAUCCACUCGAAUUCAUGCACGCCUUAGGCUACACGUUUGUAUCCGAAUAUUACCUGCAAGGAUAUCGAUUUGUCUAUCAUAAUGUGAUUAUCCUUGUCCAUCAAGUUUUGCGCUUACCCCCGGGUACGGAGCCCAGAGAUACUCCUGCGCAUGAGCCGCAGCCACCUACCGAUCUAAGGCCCCUGGAUCCCAGCGGUGCUUACAUGCUACACUCUUCAAUACGGGUACAAGAUGGAAAUAAGCCUGAAAGCAUGGCUUUAGCCAUCACAGAACUCAAAGCAUUCAAAGACUUGAUGAGGGGAGCUGUCGAUCUUGAUGUUGGAGACAGGCUCUCACUCGAUACGCGUGUCAGAUGA